UUCUUGUGGUUCAUAAGCGUGACGGGCGCGGGGGGGGGAGGUUUACAUUGGAGUGUGGGAUGCUGUUUCUGAAAUGACAGGAACUUCUGAUCUAGCUCAGAGGGUGGAAAGCUGUGGACGGUGGGCGAAGCGAUCAGAGGGAGGGAGGCAAUGAAUGGGGAAAAGUAAAAAAAGCAGAGACGGCAAAGACAAGGUAAUUCCAAGAGUUUUGCUUCCUGGUGCGCGGGGUGCACAGCCCACACCCUGUUCACGAACAGCAUCCCCUAACUCCAGGAUUUUCUAAUGGAAAGGAAGGAAGAAAAAUGAAAGGAAAAAUGAGAAAGAACAGAAAGAGAGAGAGACGGGCAGGAAGAAAACGAAAAUAACAAGGAAAUAAAAAGGAAGGAAGGGGAAAAUGAGAAAGACAAAGACAGACAGGAAUCAAGAAAAAAGGAGGUGCCUUGCAAAGAAAGGGAGAGAGUAAGGGAAGGAUGUAAUACUGUAUAUCUUGGAUGAUGAUAGAGAUAUAAGAGACAGGAACCUCUCCAUUUCUGCUGAGUACCUGGCUAUCCUCACAAGUCUGCAGCUUCAUGGCGGGAAGCUUGGUGAAGGAAGAGCAGGUGAAAGAAGAGACCCGGUUGGUGCUUGAAGCAUUUUUACAAAAGUCCAUGAACUAUGGAGAGGCUGGUCCCCUAGGUCAUGUGGGCCGUGCCUAUCAUGACCCCCAAAGUUACAUGCACAGAUCCUCAGGUGAACAUGCCCAGCAGUGUCCAUCCAGGUCCACCAUCCAUGAGGAGACUAACCGCGUGGAGGAACGCAAACAUGGCUUCCGCAACAGCUUCAGGCGCCUGUUGCAGCGGCGACCCAGCCCCCAAGGAUCUCCUGUCAGCCCCUCUCCCUCCAACAGAGACUCCUUAAAGCGGCCUAAAGCAGAAGGGGAGGGGGCCCGCCAGAAGCACACCUUCUCCUUCAAAAACCUCGUGCGGAAGAAGACCCCUCCUUCAGAGGAGAUGAGGGGCAGUGCUGGCUCUUCCCGGCGGCGCCCAAACUCUUUACCUGUUGUCACUUGCUACUGUAGAAAACACCCGGGUGUUGAAGAGGAGCCCCAACCAACCAGUAGUGAGGCUGCAGGUGAUAAGCUGUAUACCUUGGCAGCCCGGAAACUGGAGCACUUGGUGAAACAGCAGCAGCAGCUGAUCAGUCCUGGAGCAGCAGCAAAAGAUUUGCUUUCUCCUAUAAAGUACACACUUCCCAAGGAGUCUGUGUACGACUCAUCAGUUGAUUCAGAUGUGCUGUCAGAAGAAAUGAAUGAAAGUCGGAAAGAGCAAAUCCUACAGAGACUGAUUGCCCUUCUUGAAGAGCAGGCUGGAGUCAUCAAUAAGGAGAUCGAAGCUGACCCAUUGCUACACAACACCGUGGCUCGUAUGUCAUACCGCAGUUUUUCCCAUCUUGCCGAAGCGUUCACCUCGCAGGCUGCACCCGGUGUCCCCAGCCCUCAGCUGGCCAAGCUGGCCCUCACCAUGGAGCUCACACGGAAAGUGGCCGGUAUCAACAGCCAUACAGUGCACACCCUCAUGGGCUACAGUCUGAAGUAUAUGGACAUGUUUGUGCCGUGGCUGCAGCAACAAGGUGGCUGGGAAAACAUCGUGGCCCAAGAUGACAUAUUUGAGCUGCAACUCGACUAGCUGUGACCAAAGGGGACUGGAGGGUUGAGAUCUGAACACCCCCAUCUCUACUAUCUUGAAUCAAAGCCAGUGAUCUUUAUGGCUGUGACACAGGGAAGAAUAUGCUCUUGGGAGGAGUUCAGGGAAAACAGAGUACUGGGGCAGGGGAAGGAUAGCUUUUUAAGAUCUCAGGGGUGGGGGGGAAUCUUCUCCCCAACAAGAGAAAGGCCAGACAAUAAAGAAAGCUUAACCUUUCCACUUGCUGAGCUAAACUGAAAGCCCUGGUAUCUAAAAGGGUGCACUAAUAAAUUCUGCAAUUGGAAUAGACAUUUGAUAACAUGGUUAAUUAUUUGUCCCUGCAGAAUUUGGAGUUUGUUUUUAAAUCUGUCAUGCACUGAAAAAAGGAUGUUUGAGAUUCAUAGAGAAAUAGAGGGGAUAAAACAGUAUGUAAACAGAAGGGAACAGGCUAACAGAUUUCUUUUAAUUCAAUUCUGUAACUCAGGGGCUAUUUAGAUGUACUCUGUUUUAUGCUAUCCAAGCAUGAAAACUAGCAACUUGGUUGUCUUUGCAGGAUUCUGUUAUGUGGGAGUUUGUCCCGCCUUGUUCUAUUAAAACGAUAUCUAUGCAUUGUACCCAAUAACUCAGUGAGAAUUUAACAGCGUGAGCUUGGAAUUAAAUGUAGUUGAGUUCAGUGGUACUUACUCCUGAAUAUGUGAUUGUAGGAUUAUAGUUUAAGGCUGCAAUCUUACACAAAACUUACUUGGGGAAAGUCCCAUGAAAUUCAGUGGGAUCAUACUCCAAAUAAAUAAUCUAACACUCAAACUCAGGGAUGUAGAUGUAUUUAUAUGCAACACUAAUGGCUUUUUCGAAAAUUGAUGACUACACUGUAAUUUUUUUAAAAAGUUUUAAUUAAAAUCUAUUUAAACUUUA